AGGCCAUUCUACUGCCAAUGUUUGUCUUUGGAGAUUGCAUGGCUGUGUGCUCGAUUUUAUACACCUGUCAGCAACGGGUGUGCCUGAAAUAGACAAAUCAUUAAGGUUUUCGGACCAUUAUUUCAAGCAAAAAAACAUGAAUAAAUGUGUGGUCUCAAAUAUUCAACAUUAAGGAAAUUAUAAGUUACAGUAUAAUAAAUAUCUUUGUUUUUUCAUUGGAUGACCCCUCAUUUCGAAUGACUUAAAAAUGUUGGGGGAAAAGGGAGAUGGUUUGUUAAAGAAGAUUGGUAGAAAGUGUAAGCUGAGUGAGCUGUAUGUCCUCAUUCACUUCCAUUUCUGUUGUUCGAUACAACAAAGUAUCCGAGGGGGAAGGUGUGAUGAACCCAUGCCAUCUGAUGCCCCCUUCCCGUGGGCCUUUUUCAGAAAGGUUCCAGGUGAUUUGUUUGAAUCCUUAACUAUGUGGCAGAGUGCGAAGUCGAUACAUGUCCUUCUUGUUUCUGUAUUGGGUGAUGGGACCGUAGCUCAUCAUGUGGAGUGUCAUGAUUUGUGGAUUCUUGUUCUUGACAUCUCUUAGGACAGACUCCAGGUGAGCCCAUACUGCUCUCUCAUCAUGUCUGAGCGAGUCAGAUAUGGUGGCGUAGGACUGGCUUCCCUCCGAUUGUAGACUGCUGUCUAUGUAACCGAUGUGAAAUGGCCGUGGCUUUUGUGGAGCGAUGGGUAACGAUGCUUCGUGGGUGUCAGUUGUUGAUGUGAGCAGAGGGUCCCUGGUUCGAGCCCGGCGAGGGGACGGACUAAAGUUAUACUGUUACAUCUACUCCCCCCAAAGUAGAACCACUGGGUUUCUGUGGCUAAUUUGCAAUUGAGUUAGCAGUAAUCUGUAUCCUGAUGAUAAAUGCAUCUGCAAAUUCAUCCUCAAUUAAUAUAGAUAUAGAUAGGUUAGUAGUUGUUUACAUAAACGUAUUUUCAGUAUUAGCUGCUUGAUGUGCUAUACUAUAAAAAAAAGUUUUGGACAUAAAACACCCUUACCCUACAAAAACCUGUAGAUGAAUAACUUAAUACAAAGACAAACAUAUUGACAUCAUUCAGUACAACCAUUUUGUGAUUCAUUGUUUAAUUUUAUCCUUUUAUUUAUCUAGGCAAAUCAGUUAAGAAGAAAUUGUUAUUUACAAUGACAGCAUAGGAACAGUGGGUUAACUGCCUUGUUCAGGGGCAGAAAAACAUAUUUUUACCUUGUCAGCUCUGAAUUCGAUCUAGCAACCUGUCGGUUACUGACCCAACGCUCUAACGGUGAGGCUACCUGCCGUCCCCGGCAUAUGGUGUCACCGGAAUUUCUGGUGACUCCGAAUGCUUAUUUUAGUUACACCUUAUGACUUUUCUCACAUAAACAUGUGCUUAUACACCCAUGUGAACACUUGACUUUGACAUCAAGUAUUUUCUAAACGCUAAAAAAGACGUAUGAAAAUACCCGCAAAUAAGUAUAGAGCCGGUAUUUAAAGUUAGAGCGAAAUUUAGUGUAAAGACAAAUUUAAAGUUUAGCUUCACUGUCCAGAUAAAUAUGUAGGGGAGUAUAGGCCCGGAUUCAAUACAAGGUGUUAUAGCACAAUAUAACAAACUUCGAAUAGUAAAUUACGCUUCAGCCGACAUGUGUAGCGCUAACCAUUAAUGCAGUGUCCGCGAAGUCAGGGGAAAAAUGCAUUUUUAAAGGCGCGUUGUUUGCUGUUUAUUGCGCUGCACUAUAACGCAACUUGCAUUGAAUCCCAGCCAUCAGCGACGUAGUGGUAAAACAAAUAGUUGGGUAAACGCUGAUCGCCGUUCGCGGUAAGUAAAGAAACAUUCCCUUUACUUUGAAUGCAUUUUCCUGCUAAAGGUGGGUAAAUGCUCACACAAAAUAAAAAUAAAAGUUUGUAAACUGCCAGCCAUAGAUUACUACAUACAUUGAUCAAUAGCUUAGCCGUUAUAUUGCACCUGUUAUUGGUCGGUCCCCUUUUCCAUCCCAGGUGAAGACUUGUUCCACGUGUGAGAACAGAACGGGCUACUGCUCAAGAGCAUGGCCCCUCUCCCAAUGCUUGCUGGUAAGGAGGAGGUCAAAAGCACAGCUGACCACGUCCUUGAGACGUUCUAUCCCAUCUCUCCCACCAUCGACCUGCAGAGUGUCCAGGUCUACCAGGAGCAGAACCAUAAAGCUUAUGCCUGCCCAUACCAUAACCAGACCACCACCAUGGGGGACUCUGUUCACAAUUUUGGAAUCAGCAAACUGCUUGCCCACACAACGCUGUACAGUUGAAACAGGGAUUCAUCCAUGAAGAGCACACUUCUCCAGCAUGCAGGUGGCCAUCGAAGAGAAAGCAUCUCCGGGACCCCUAAAAUGAGCAGACACCAAAAUGGGGAGGAGUACAGGAACCCAACAGAGGUGAAGAAGAGCCAGAUAGUGAUGCCCUGCCAUGCCAACCACCGCCAGGAGCUCAGCGUGGGAGAGCUGCUCAAAUGGAUGGACUCUACAGCCUGUCUGUCAGCUGAAAGGCAUGCUGGGUGUCCCUGUGUCACUGUCUCGGUCGACGACAUCCACUUUGAACACACUAUUGGGGUUGGACAGGUGGUCAACAUCAAGGCCAAAGUCAAUCGAGCUUUCAACACCAGCAUGGAGGUUGGCAUCGUGGUGAGCUGUGAGGACCUGUUCAGCGAUACCCACUGGAGUGUGUGUCGGGCGGUUGCCACGUUUGUCAGCCAGCGCACCACGGGAGGGAAGGUGCAGCUGCGUCCGUUGGUCCCCUGUACACAGGCGGAGCAGGUGGAGCACAGUCUAGCAGCUGAGAGGAGGAGGAUGAGGCUCGUCCACGCUGAUAUCAUGAAGGACCUGCUCGCUAACAGGGCCUUCCAACAAGUGGAGGUCCAGGAGGCUGAGAAGGCGGUGCCAGCAGAGAGGACACGGGUGGAGAGUGUUGAGUUGGUUCUUCCCACUCAUGCCAACCACCAGGUCAACACGUUCGGAGGACAGAUCAUGGCCUGGAUGGAGAACGUGGCUACCAUCGCUGCAAGUCGUCUGUGUAACGCUCACCCCACCCUGCAGAGCAUAGACAUGUUCCAUUUCAGGGGUCCCUCACACGUGGGCGACCGGCUGGUCCUCAAAGCCAUAGUCAACAAUGCAUUCAAGAACAGCAUGGAGGUGGGCGUGUGUGCGGAGGCUUAUCAGGGGGAGGAGCCUCUGAGACACAUCAACAGCGCCUUCAUGACCUUCGAAAUCCGCGACCAGGAAGGCAAGCCAUGCACGUUGCCAAGGAUACGACCCGAACCGCUGGAGGGAAUGAGACGUUACCAGGAGGCCAUCGCUAGAAACAAGAUCAGACUCGACAGGAAGUACAUAAUAUCCUGCAAGCAGACAGAGGUGCCCUUAUCUGUACCGUGGGACCUCAGCAACCAGGUGUACCUCAGCUACAACAACGUGUCUGCUCUGAAGAUGCUGGCCGCCAGAAACAACUGGUUGUUAAACUCUGAGAAAAACAAGGUGAGCCUGUACACCCUGGAGCAGAAGCAGGUGUUGAGUUUUAAGGUCGAGACGGAGGUAGACAUCCCAGCUGAGAGGGCCUUUAUGUUGCUCUCUGACUUAAGCAAGAGAGUGGAGUGGGACCCAAACUACGAGAGGUGUGAGCUGAUUCUUAGGGUGAACGAUGAUGACUUUCUGUACCGCGUGGUGACUCCUUCCAUAGGCCAGGAUGGGGCCAGUAACAGCCCUUCAGCCGAUCAGGGAGGGAAGGUCCAGGACUUCAUCCUCCUGGCCUCCAGGAGACCACCGUGUGACAGCGGGGACCCUUAUGUUAUUGCUCUGCGUUCGGUCACUCUACCCACACACCCUCCUACAGAGGGCUACAACAGGGGAGAGGUGCUGUGUGCCGGCUUCAGCAUCCUGGAGGUCUCCAAAGAUAUCUCCAAGAUCUCCUACUUCAACCAGGCGUCUCCCGAGGUCCUGCCCUACAUCUCCACAGACAUCGCCGGGCUCUCCUCCAGCUUCUACGGCAUCUUCUGCACCUGUAACACCUUCCUCCAGGAGAACAGGGUUGACCAUGCCUCCACCCCCCAGUCCCAACCACCCUCCUCUACACUAAAACGUACACAACUCUAACCCUUUAUCCUUCACCACCCUGACCCCCUCACCCUUGAUGACUAUUGUACUGAUCGAUUGAACACACUGCCAUUAGAGGAUCCGAUUAUCUUCAACUGUUUAUUUUAUUAGAAUGGUUUAUGAAAGGAGCCUAAUUCCCAGAUUUGUUUGUGCAGUCUUUCCAACUCCUAUGGUCAUUGACAAUGACCAUGAAUCUAGGAGUUGGCAAAACAGAUCUGGGACCAGGAACGUUUUUUUGUUGUGGCUGUGAGUAAUUACGAUUGUCCCUUAAAGCACUUAAGUCUCCCUAUUCUCCCCACCUGUGUUCAUUAGAUUGACACCCAACCCCCUGUGACCUGGCUCAAGCCUGCCCAGAGCACUCUGGCCUCUUCACACACUAAGCUGAGCCAUGUUGACAGCAAGGAUUAUUAGUGUGGAAAACUAUAUGUUUUUCUUUUUUGAGCAAUGUUCCCAAUCAUAACUUGUGAAAAAUAUGAUGUUUGAAAUCAUUUUUAAAGUGUUUGAACUUUUCCAGAGAAAGAAUACUAACCAGAUGUCUUUUUUCUUCUGAGAAGGGCACUUUAUUUGACAAUAAAGGGUCAGAAUUGCAUUUGA